AUGGCGACGAGGCAAGACGACGAGUCGUUAAUUUGUAACAUUUGUAAUUUCUAUACAAAUGAAGAUAUUGUGUCUGCUCUUAAAACUCUGAAAAGUGAGUUUGACAACUUUAAGGAUGAAGAAAUGGAAAAAAGUUUGCCGAAAGGUGCCACAAGAAAGAAUGAUAAAUUAAUUGAAUGUCUUGUAAUUUUAAAGGUAAUGAAAUUAAAUAAUAUUCUUGAUAAAUGCACAAUUUUUGCCAGUGCAAAUAUGAAUAAAGUACCUUCGCUAGACAAAGUUGUGCAAAUAAAUUUUGAAAAUAUUAGAAAAGAGCUGAAAGAAAUGCUCGAUAUGCAACAAGCAUGUUUGUUUAGAACACUUGACAGUCAUGCUAAACAAAUAUCGGCGCUAAAAAACAUUAUAAAUAAUGCAGCACCUAAUAUUGAGAAAGUUCGCACGAGCGAGUCAGUUAUCAAAAACAACGCCAUUGUUUCUCAAGAUAAGGUUAACCCAACAACAAAUAACACCAGAAGCAGCAACAACAAUUCCACCAACUCUAACCUGUGGUCAAUGGCUGUGGUGACGCAGACAGAAAAAAAUCGAAAAACCUUUCACGCUGGUUAG